GGCGGGGCUGGAGGGAGGAGGGAGGCCGCGCCGCGCUCUCGCGCCCGGUGUCUCCCUCUCGCUGCCUCUGCAGAAACAGCUCCCUGCCAGAACGGCGCUCGGCGCGGCGCGGCCCGGAGCGGCGGCGGCGCUUCCCGCGGGCUCGCCCUCAGGUGUUCGCGGCUGCCGUCGCCGAAGAACGCGGCUCGGGGCCUCUGGGCGAUCGCCCUGGGCGGGCCGGAGACGCCUCGGCCCCCUGGCGGCUCGGGGUCCACCCAGCGCCGUGGGCCCGCCGCUCUCCCUCGCCUCGCCUUUGCGCCUCUUCUCGCUCUGCCUCUCCAUUUAUUAUUAUUAUUUUUAUUUUUUUUUUCAAAUGGUGUAGCCGCCAGAGGUGCGGUGCUAAAUUCUUGGAAGGGGCCCGGAUGUACUGAGGAUGCAUUACAAUCUCACGAAAGGAGGCGGUAGUGGAAAGCAGCAGUUUUUGGUGUUUGGUGCAAUAAUGGGGAUCAGGUAAAUCACCCGAAGGGAGCCAGAAACACUGCGGAUCCACGGCUUCCUCGGUUUGCGCGAAAGCCGCCGGCCUCGGAGGAGGGAUUCAUCCAGACCCGCUCGCGGCUGUUGCUGCAUUUCUUCCUCUUUGUGGCUUCUCCUUUCCAAGCAGUUUUUGGCCAAUGGUCAAUGAAAACACGAGGAUGUACGUUCCAGAGGAAAACCACCAAGGUUCCAACUAUGGGAGCCCACGCCCAGCUCAUGCCAACAUGAAUGCCAAUGCUGCGGCAGGGCUCGCCCCCGAGCACAUCCCUACUCCAGGGGCAGCGCUGUCCUGGCAGGCAGCCAUUGAUGCCGCCCGGCAGGCCAAGCUCAUGGGCAGUGCUGGCAACGCAACCAUCUCUACCGUUAGCUCCACCCAGCGGAAGCGGCAGCAGUAUGGGAAACCCAAGAAGCAGGGUGGUACGACUGCCACACGGCCACCUCGGGCUCUGCUCUGCCUGACUCUGAAGAACCCCAUCCGGAGGGCAUGCAUAAGCAUCGUUGAAUGGAAACCAUUUGAAAUAAUUAUUUUACUGACUAUUUUUGCCAAUUGUGUGGCCUUAGCGAUCUAUAUUCCCUUUCCAGAAGAUGACUCCAACGCCACCAACUCCAACCUGGAACGAGUGGAAUAUCUCUUUCUCAUAAUUUUUACCGUGGAAGCAUUUUUAAAAGUCAUUGCCUAUGGACUUCUCUUUCAUCCCAACGCUUACCUCCGCAACGGUUGGAAUUUACUAGAUUUUAUAAUUGUGGUUGUAGGGCUUUUUAGUGCAAUUUUAGAACAAGCAACCAAAGCUGACGGGGCCAAUGCUCUCGGAGGGAAAGGAGCUGGCUUCGACGUGAAGGCGCUGAGGGCUUUCCGUGUGCUUCGUCCCCUGCGGCUGGUGUCUGGAGUCCCAAGUCUCCAGGUGGUCCUGAACUCCAUCAUCAAGGCCAUGGUGCCUCUGCUGCACAUCGCCCUGCUUGUGCUGUUCGUCAUCAUCAUCUACGCCAUUAUCGGCCUGGAGCUCUUCAUGGGGAAGAUGCACAAGACUUGCUACAACCCAGAGGGCAUCAUAGCAGAAGAGGACCCCUCCCCUUGUGCUUUGGAGACAGGCCAUGGGCGGCAGUGUCAGAACGGGACCGUGUGCAGGCCCGGGUGGGAUGGGCCCAAGCAUGGCAUCACCAACUUCGACAACUUCGCCUUCGCCAUGCUGACGGUGUUCCAGUGCAUCACCAUGGAGGGCUGGACGGACGUGCUGUACUGGAUGCAAGACGCUAUGGGCUAUGAGUUGCCCUGGGUGUAUUUUGUCAGUCUGGUCAUCUUUGGAUCCUUUUUCGUUCUAAAUCUGGUUCUCGGUGUUUUGAGCGGAGAGUUUUCCAAAGAGAGGGAGAAAGCCAAAGCUCGGGGGGAUUUCCAGAAGCUUCGAGAGAAGCAGCAGCUAGAAGAAGAUCUCAAAGGCUACCUGGAUUGGAUCACCCAAGCAGAAGACAUUGACCCUGAGAAUGAGGAUGAGGGCAUGGACGAAGACAAGCCCCGAAACAUGAGCAUGCCCACAAGUGAGACUGAGUCUGUCAACACUGAAAAUGUGGCUGGAGGUGACAUCGAGGGCGAAAACUGUGGAGCCAGGCUUGCCCACCGGAUCUCCAAGUCCAAGUUCAGCCGCUACUGGCGCAGGUGGAACAGAUUCUGCAGAAGGAAAUGCCGCGCGGCAGUGAAGUCCAACGUCUUCUACUGGCUCGUGAUCUUCCUGGUGUUCCUCAACACACUCACCAUUGCCUCCGAACACUACAACCAGCCCCACUGGCUCACAGAAGUACAAGACACAGCCAAUAAGGCCCUGCUGGCACUCUUCACUGCGGAAAUGCUCCUGAAGAUGUACAGCCUGGGCCUGCAGGCCUAUUUUGUAUCCCUCUUCAACCGCUUUGACUGUUUCAUCGUGUGUGGAGGCAUCCUGGAGACCAUCCUGGUAGAGACCAAGAUCAUGUCUCCCCUGGGCAUCUCCGUGCUGAGAUGCGUACGGCUGCUCAGGAUCUUUAAGAUCACCAGGUACUGGAAUUCCUUGAGCAACCUCGUGGCGUCCUUGCUGAACUCAGUGCGCUCCAUCGCCUCCCUGCUGCUGCUCCUCUUCCUCUUCAUCAUCAUCUUCUCCCUCCUGGGGAUGCAGCUGUUUGGAGGGAAGUUCAACUUCGAUGAGAUGCAGACCCGUCGGAGCACAUUUGACAACUUCCCGCAGUCUCUCCUCACUGUGUUUCAGAUCCUGACCGGGGAGGACUGGAAUUCGGUGAUGUAUGAUGGGAUCAUGGCUUAUGGCGGCCCCUCUUUUCCAGGGAUGUUAGUCUGUAUUUACUUCAUCAUCCUCUUCAUCUGUGGAAAUUAUAUCCUACUGAAUGUGUUCUUGGCCAUUGCGGUGGACAACCUGGCUGAUGCUGAGAGCCUCACCUCUGCCCAAAAGGAGGAAGAAGAAGAGAAGGAGAGAAAGAAGCUGGCCAGGACUGCCAGCCCAGAAAAGAAACAGGAGGUGAUGGAGAAGCCAGCGGUGGAGGAGACCAAAGAGGAGAGAAUUGAGCUGAAGUCCAUUACUGCAGAUGGAGAGUCCCCACCCACUACCAAGAUCAACAUGGAUGACCUCCAGCCCAGUGAAAACGAGGACAAGAGUCCCCACUCCAACCCCGACACUGCCGGGGAAGAGGAUGAGGAGGAGCCUGAGAUGCCUGUGGGCCCGCGCCCCCGGCCCCUGUCUGAGCUGCACCUUAAGGAAAAGGCAGUGCCCAUGCCGGAAGCCAGUGCGUUUUUCCUCUUCAGCCCAAACAACAGGUUCCGCCUCCAGUGCCACCGCAUCGUCAAUGACACCAUCUUCACCAACCUGAUCCUCUUCUUCAUUCUGCUCAGCAGCAUCUCUCUGGCUGCUGAGGAUCCCGUCCAGCACAGCUCCUUCAGGAACCAUAUUCUGUUUUAUUUUGACAUUGUUUUCACUACCAUUUUCACCAUUGAAAUUGCUCUGAAGAUCCUAGGCAAUGCAGACUAUGUCUUCACUAGUAUCUUUACAUUAGAAAUUAUCCUUAAGAUGACUGCUUAUGGGGCUUUCCUGCACAAGGGCUCUUUCUGCCGAAACUACUUCAAUAUCUUGGACCUGCUGGUGGUUAGCGUGUCCCUCAUCUCCUUUGGCAUCCAGUCCAGCGCAAUCAACGUUGUGAAGAUUUUACGAGUGCUGCGGGUCCUCAGGCCCCUGCGGGCCAUCAACAGGGCCAAGGGGCUAAAGCACGUGGUUCAGUGUGUGUUUGUGGCCAUCCGGACCAUUGGGAACAUUGUAAUUGUCACCACUCUGCUGCAGUUCAUGUUCGCCUGCAUUGGGGUCCAGCUCUUCAAGGGGAAGCUCUAUACCUGCUCGGAUAGUUCCAAACAGACAGAGGCAGAAUGCAAGGGUAACUAUAUCACAUACAAAGAUGGAGAGGUUGACCACCCCAUUAUUCAGCCUCGAAGCUGGGAGAACAGCAAGUUUGACUUUGACAAUGUUCUGGCAGCCAUGAUGGCCCUCUUCACUGUCUCCACCUUUGAAGGAUGGCCAGAGCUGCUGUACCGCUCCAUCGACUCCCACACAGAAGACAAGGGCCCCAUCUACAACUACCGUGUGGAGAUCUCCAUCUUCUUCAUCAUCUACAUCAUCAUCAUUGCCUUCUUCAUGAUGAACAUCUUCGUGGGUUUCGUCAUUGUCACCUUCCAGGAGCAGGGGGAGCAAGAAUACAAGAACUGUGAGCUGGACAAGAACCAGAGACAAUGUGUGGAAUAUGCCCUCAAGGCCAGACCCCUGCGAAGGUACAUCCCCAAGAACCAGCACCAGUAUAAAGUGUGGUAUGUGGUCAACUCUACCUACUUCGAGUAUCUGAUGUUCGUCCUUAUCCUGCUCAACACCAUCUGCCUGGCCAUGCAGCAUUAUGGCCAGAGCUGCCUCUUCAAAAUUGCCAUGAAUAUACUCAACAUGCUUUUCACUGGCCUCUUCACGGUGGAGAUGAUCCUGAAGCUCAUUGCCUUCAAACCCAAGGGUUACUUUAGUGAUCCCUGGAAUGUUUUUGACUUCCUCAUCGUGAUUGGGAGCAUAAUUGAUGUCAUUCUCAGUGAAACCAAUCACUAUUUCUGUGAUGCAUGGAAUACAUUUGAUGCCUUGAUUGUUGUGGGUAGCAUUGUUGAUAUAGCAAUCACCGAGGUACACCCAGCUGAACAUACCCAAUGCUCUCCCUCUAUGAGCGCAGAGGAGAACUCCCGCAUCUCCAUCACCUUCUUCCGCCUCUUCCGGGUCAUGCGCCUGGUGAAGCUGCUGAGCCGUGGGGAAGGCAUCCGGACCCUGCUGUGGACCUUCAUCAAGUCCUUCCAGGCCCUGCCCUAUGUGGCCCUUCUGAUCGUGAUGCUGUUCUUUAUCUAUGCAGUGAUUGGGAUGCAGGUGUUUGGAAAGAUCGCCCUGAAUGACACCACAGAGAUCAAUCGGAACAACAACUUCCAGACGUUCCCACAGGCUGUGCUACUGCUCUUCAGGUGUGCCACUGGGGAAGCCUGGCAGGAUAUCAUGCUGGCCUGUAUGCCAGGCAAGAAGUGUGCCCCAGAGUCUGAGCCCAGCAACAGCACGGAGGGAGAGACUCCCUGUGGCAGUAGCUUUGCUGUCUUCUACUUCAUCAGCUUCUACAUGCUGUGUGCCUUCCUGAUCAUCAACCUCUUCGUAGCCGUUAUCAUGGACAACUUUGACUACCUGACGAGGGAUUGGUCCAUCCUUGGUCCCCAUCAUCUGGAUGAAUUCAAAAGGAUUUGGGCCGAGUAUGACCCUGAAGCCAAGGGUCGGAUCAAACAUUUGGAUGUGGUGACCCUCCUCCGUCGAAUUCAGCCCCCCUUGGGUUUUGGGAAAUUGUGUCCUCACCGUGUGGCCUGCAAACGCCUGGUGUCCAUGAACAUGCCUCUGAACAGCGAUGGGACGGUCAUGUUCAAUGCUACCCUGUUUGCCCUAGUCAGAACGGCCCUGAGGAUCAAAACAGAAGGGAACCUAGAACAAGCCAAUGAGGAGCUGCGGGCCAUCAUCAAGAAAAUCUGGAAGAGGACCAGCAUGAAGCUGUUGGACCAGGUGGUGCCCCCUGCAGGUGAUGAUGAGGUCACAGUAGGCAAGUUCUAUGCCACCUUCCUGAUCCAAGAGUACUUCCGAAAAUUCAAGAAGCGGAAAGAGCAGGGGCUGGUGGGCAAGCCUUCGCAGAGGAAUGCACUGUCCCUGCAGGCUGGCUUAAGAACGUUGCAUGACAUUGGGCCUGAGAUCCGACGAGCCAUCUCUGGGGAUCUUACCGCUGAGGAAGAGUUAGACAAGGCUAUGAAGGAAGCAGUAUCUGCUGCCUCUGAAGAUGACAUCUUCAGGAGGGCUGGAGGCCUGUUUGGCAACCAUGUCAGCUACUACCAAAGUGACAGCAACUUCCCUCAGACCUUCACUACCCAGCGGCCCCUGCACAUCAACAAGACAGGAAACAACCAAGGUGACACCGAGUCGCCAUCCCACGAGAAGCUGGUGGACUCCACUUUCACUCCCAGCAGCUACUCAUCCACGGGCUCCAAUGCCAACAUUAACAAUGCCAACAACACUGCCCUUGGCCGCUUCCCCCAUCCCACUGGCUACUCCAGCACAGUCAGCACUGUGGAGGGCCACGGGCCUCCCUUGUCCCCUGCUGUCCGGGUACAGGAGGCAGCAUGGAAGCUCAGCUCUAAGAGGUGCCACUCCCGAGAGAGCCAGGGGGCCUCGGUGAGUCAAGAGAUGUUUCCUGGUGAGACCUGCAGUGUGAGGAUGAGCGAAGACACUGAGUACUGCAGUGAGCCCAGCCUGCUCUCCACAGAGAUACUCUCCUACCAGGAUGAUGAAAACCGACAGUUGACAUCUCCAGAGGAGAAGAGGGAGAUCCAGCAGUCUCCAAAGAGGAGUUUCCUUCGCUCUGCCUCGCUAGGUCGAAGGGCCUCCUUCCACCUGGAAUGUCUGAAGAGACAGAAGGAUCAAGGGGGAGACAUCUCUCAGAAGACAGCCGUGCCCUGGCAUCUGGUUCAUCACCAGGCAUUGGCAGUGGCAGGUUUGAGCCCCCUCCUGCAGAGAAGCCAUUCUCCUACCACAGUCCCCAAGCCAUGCCCCACAGCCCCUGUCACUCCAGGCAGCCGGGGCAGGCCCCUACAGCCCAUCCCCACCCUACGGCUGGAGGGGGCUGAGUCCAGCGAGAAACUCAACAGCAGCUUCCCGUCCAUCCACUGCAGCUCCUGGUCUGAGACCACUGCCUGUAGUGGGGGCAGCAGCAUGGCCCGGAGAGCCCGGCCUGUCUCCCUCACGGUGCCCAGCCAGGCUGGAGCUCCAGGGAGACAGUUCCAUGGCAGCGCCAGCAGCCUGGUGGAAGCGGUCUUAAUUUCAGAAGGACUGGGACAGUUUGCUCAAGAUCCCAAGUUCAUCGAGGUCACCACCCAGGAGCUGGCUGACGCCUGUGACAUGACAAUAGAGGAGAUGGAGAAUGCAGCAGACAACAUCCUCAGUGGGGGCGCCCAGCAGAGCCCCAACGGCACCCUCUUACCUUUCGUGAACUGCAGGGACCCGGGGCAGGACAGGGCUGUGGUCGCAGAGGACGAGAGCUGCGCAUACGCCCUGGGGCGAGGCCGGAGCGAGGAGGCGCUCCCGGACAGCAGGGCCUACGUCAGCAACCUGUAGUCCACAGGGCUGGCGAGACGCGGGUGUUUUUUAUUCGUUUCAAUGUUCCUAAUGGGUUCGUUUCAGAAGUGCCUCACUGUUCUCGUGACCUGGAGGUAACCGGAACAGCGUCUUCAUUCACUGCUGUCGGGACAAGCCUCAGAGCUGGGCGGUCUGUGGAGUCGGCUUUUCAGGGGAGAAGGCCAAGGCCGUGGUGCAGGGCUCCAGCGCCUUCCCGGGGGCAGCACCGCCCAAAGGACCCCACCCCACCCCUAAGCAAAAGGGUGUUUUCCCCUUGCUUGUAUAAACAGUCAUUUGCACACGUUCUGUCUGAGCCUGGCCGUCUCUAUGGAGUAGGGACCCAGGGAUCUAUGGCGGGAGUAGGCCAGCGCCCCGGGUAGGGGCCGGGAGGUGACUGCAAGGUUCCCAGCAGUGUGGGUCUGGUCCCUUUCGGGACCCUUCCUCUGCAGGAGCCGAGGUGCAGGUGGCAGGAGCCAGUGCAGACCACACCACCUGCCCUCAGCUAGCCAGGCCAGGGGGCGCAGGCUGCUGCCUAGUAAUCUUGGUUCCAUGGUUUGAUGGUUCUUGUUAGCAUGUUUCGGUUUUCUGGGUUUUCGUUUCUUUAUUAUUGUUUAUUUGUUGUGCUUCCCCACGGGGAAGGGAGGAAGAAGAGCAUCUACAGUUGCGCAGCCUCACUCACUGUUUCCACAUUUGGGUUAUUUAAGUCGGAUUUGGUUUUAUUAUAUUCUUUAAAUGGUGCGGUUUUCUCCCCCACCCCUCUUUUUCUACCCAUGAAGCGAGGGCUCAAUAUCACCACAGGAAGGUUUACCUGCUCUGUGGAUGCCCAGUAACUUGUUAAAAUUUCCUUAAGUAACAGCACCUUUUCCCCUUUUCUUUCUGGUUCCGUUGAGCUUCACAAUCUGCAGGUAGCAGGCUGUUUAGAUAAGGGUUGCGCGCAUGGGCGGUUAGGAUGGGCUCCUUUCUUAGCUGGGCGUGUGGCUAGGUUCAAGAGAGAGGAUGUAUGAGAGCAUCUGUGUGUCACACGUGUGUCCAUAGUGGGUCGUCUGUGCGUGUUGUGCACCCACAUGGUGCGUGCGCACCCCCUCCACCCUACCCCCACCCCCGCACAAAAGUCCGUAGAUCCCGGUUCCGGUUUGACUGCAGGGAGUUCUGAAUCUGGGGCGAUUAGAAAGCAAAAAACAAAUCACUGUCUCCGCUUCUGCUUCUGAAACGAGAAUCGGUAACGGCAUUUCCUGUCCCACGAGAUAUGCAAAAGCAAUGCAAUAAUAUCCAUUUUAAAAUACGAUUGUGAGUUGUGUCAGCAUUAAAAUUCUAUUUUAAAAAACACAAAAUUUAAGGGAAAAAACUCAAGAAGACAUUUUGCUUCGAUAUAUUCUGUGUAAUGUUUUAUUGCAUUGAUAAUGUUUCUGUUGAAGAAACUGUUAUACUUGAAUUCAGGUCAGUUUCAGUAUUUUUCAAAUAUUUUUUUAAAACUGAAUUGCAAUUGUGCCAAGCAAAUAUAAUGACUUAAGUUUGUUUUAAAAUUCACUUCUUGUAUAUUUUGCUGCAUGUAAAGUAAAUCAUUUUGUAUUUGGAGUGUGACAAGCUUUACCUUCGAACUCUUAAGUGCUUUUUCUACAUGUGGUUGGGGAGGAGAUGGUUUUCUUUCAUUUGCAAAGUGAACAAAGGUAUCCCCUGAGUCAGUCCUCUGCUCUCUAAGGGCAGGUCUGGGAGGUACCAUUUUGCAUAUCUUGUAUUUUGUUCCCAUUUCCCUUGAUCUUUCCAAAACCGGGUGGUAAGACAGUCCAUGCCACAUCUUGCUUUGCGAGAUCAGGACAUAUUUCAUCCAGGUCUUCACUUGCUGCCUUCUGCCAUUCUCUGUGGAUACUUACUUGUCCAAGAUGCCCCCAUGGAGAGGUGGCUGGCUUUCCCAAGCACUCCGAAGUGAGAGGAUGGGGUGAUAGUCAGCCUGGGGCGGCGGUAGGCCAGAUUCAUCUUUGAUUUACCCAAAUACAGAUUGUCAUAGCUGUGGCUAGAGAACGGUGAUUGGAUGGAACUGUGGUCCUUCUAGAAACCACUUGUCCACUCCUUCUUCCAAAGCAGGAAGGCAGAGAAGCAGGGGAUCUUGACGAGGGCGGGGCAUCAGGAUUCAAUAGGGAUGAAAGGAGCAGAUUGUGUGGGCCUUUCAUUGAGGCUCAUCUGUGUCUGCCUUCAGCAACUCUCACAGUUAGUACCAGGUCCUUUGAUUGUAUCGGAACAAGAACGGUUGAAAAAGAAGGGGUCUGGGGAAAGUAAGACCCAACCCUUCACCCAGAACUUACCCACGUACAGAAUAGCUUCCGGUCCCAGUGGCCUUCCAGCCUAUUUUGGAGACUAUGUGAGAAUCUUCUAGAAAUUCCAGCAAGGAUCUUUCAUGAAAAUGCAGAGAGAGGUCCCCAGUGUCCACAGGUUAACCAGAGUCUAAAAACAGCGUUUCUCCUUGGACUUCCACGUGCCGAUAACCCAGCAUCCUUUGCAGUACCCAUCAGGGCUUCUAGAUGAGAGGAUUAGAUGGCAUCCUUUGUCUUGUUUCUGCAAAGUUCUGCAACUGUGUUGAUGUGACUAUAGUGACUAUAGAGAGGGGAGCCCUUCUGACGGGCUCUCUGGUUCUUGCAUACAUCUGACCCCUAGGGAAAUGUGGUGUUUCCAUUGCUCCUACACACAGACAUGCAUACUCAGUUUCCCUGUGCUGCCUUGUUUUCCUUUGGAAGCUUUGGUCUGCAUUGCCAGAUUCUACUGACCAGUGACAUAAGCUAUGGACCAAGCUCCUGCAGCCCCUGCCAGGACUCUGCCCAGUGUGGUGCCCCAAUCCCCACUUCACCAGUCAUACCCACAGGCUGCCUUCUCCUUUAUGGCCAAGAAGACCAGAGCAGUCUUUCACUCAUACGCUGCACCCUGAAAGAAUGGCGUCAUCAGGGACAAUGGGCCCCUUGCCCUUUGUUGCUAGGAGGAACAGAGGUUCAGUGGACAAGGGGUUUUUCAUGCUUGGCUUCAUGACUACCUGAGUAUGAUUGACACACACUGCCUCUCUCCAGGUCAGAGGGGAUCAGUGAGUAAGAAAGCCAGUGAACAUCUACACCAGACUGUCUACUCUCCACCCAGCAGGGAAUUUUCCCAAUGACUGUUUUGAACAUAACUACCAGACCCUCUGCAAUCCUGACAGUCCCUGAAUGGCAGGCAAAUUAGUCCACGGCUAGGGACCAAAGGGCCAUGAAGGAGUGUAGGCCAUGUGUUUUCAUCUGUCCUAUGAUUAGCUCUGUCUCUUUUAUUUCUGAUCUUUUUAUGUGUGAAGCUAUAUUACAGACAAAAUCCAGUUAGUUCCUUUCUGCCUGGUCCUAGAAGGCUCUUCAUAUCUUCAGGUUAAGAGAGAGACUUUCCUAGACCUUGUUUGAUUUGUAAAUGUCUUCCCUGUUAGUUGUGGCUCCCAUCUUUCUUAACCUGGCUGGGAAUCCAAGGCCCAACUCUGUUGUUUACCUUCCUCUGGUGCCCUGGUUCCAAAUUCUGGGUACUGUGAAACGAAGGUCUGUGUUCCUUUCUCAUAGCUCUCAACCAUCUGGAGCUCAAGACACCCUAAGUGAACACAGUAGGCAACCCUUCCUUUGCCAAAACCAGCACAUUUCUGCAAACACUCUGGAAGUCAGGAGAAGCAAAGUGGCUGUUGUACCGAGGCCAGGAGACACACUCCAACGCUCCUAAAGACAGGCCAAGAGAGCAAGGAUCCAGACCAAACAUGGAGUCAAAAUGGUACUCAGGGUUUUUAGCCUUCUCAUAGCACAUUUCAAAUGUCGCCAAGGGGAUGGAUGGCCCCUCCAUCCUAGGAUCUUGAGUAACUGAAAUGCCCUCAUUUAGGAGCUAGAAACAAUUGAGCAAGGACCUGAGGAAGGAUUGUCUGGCUUUCAGAAGAGCUACUCAAAGCCCAGGAAAGCCAAAACCUGCUGUAAAUGUCCUGGCUGAUUCUGUUCCUCAACAAAGCCCUGACUUUGAACUAGAGGGAUGUAGGGGUGAGGAAAGGGCUCAUCCUGACCCCAUCUGUGUCAUUUCGUCAUAUGGAAAGCAGCUUCUGUCUUGUCCAGCCUUCGGAAAGGCUGGUGGCUCCGUAAUCUGCUUUGGAAGUUGUGAAACAUAAAUACCUACCCUAGGUGUUUUUCCAGCUAAAUCAACCUAGCUAGCGCGAUAUGGUUCUUACAUGACCCUGUGAGGUCCCUUCACUGCAUCUGGCCAAAGAUUUUGCCGAUGGGAAAGUCGUUGGGGGAGGUUGGGUCUCACUCACCAGAGUCCAUGUUCUAGAACAGCUGCUAUGGGGAGAGGCGUCCUGGAAGGGUGUGAGGGGAAAAGCACGUACCUACGUACCUACAAUGGAUGUCAGUAACAGGCACCUUCCCCUCCUUUACCAUUUCACUCCUCCUCAUCUUCCUCUUCCUCCUCUCCUCCUCCUCUACAAGCCCAGUGAAGGGACCUUGUUAGGGAAGCAGUUGAAUACCACACACACACACACACACACACACACACACACCCUAAGGCACAAGUGCUGAGGUGAUGGCUACUUAGUGAUUUUUCCACAGAAAAGGACGACUGUGGUAGGCAUGUUCAACCUGUUCAAUCUGUGGCUAUGUGUCCCAGAACAGCUAUGACCUUGGCCCAGCACAUUUGUAGAUGAUGUCCUAUUAUAGGGAAAAACACUGGACAUCUUAAAGAGGAAGAAACUAGAACAGUUUCCAAAGGUAGAAAUGAUGACAGUUUUAUUCAUCUACAGUGAGGAACUGCUACCAUCCUUAAACUCUCCCUUUUCCUCCAACAUCUUAAGAGGUUUGUUCCAUAUAGAAUGUGAUUAAAAAAAAAAAAAAAAA